AUGAAAUUCGCCAAAGAGCUGGAGCAGGAGCUGGUUCCAGAAUGGCGUGCCAAAUACCUCGACUACAAAGCAGGAAAAAAGAAACUCAAAGCGAUUUCCCGGGCCAUUCAGAGAUCCAAUCGCAAUCCCAACCACCCGUCCCCUCGACGUGUCGUCUCCGGUCAUGAUACUCAAUCGUUUACCUCUCCCACCGGUCGCGAUCGCGCACCCUCCAUCCAUCACUCGGACAAUAAUAGACAGGAUACCACCGAAUUCGCAAAUAAUCCCCCGACCCCCGCAAGAAGCGGUGUGCUUCCACCUCGCUCAACCACCGGCCCGCGAAAUGAACGUCAACCGUUACGAGGGUCAGGAUCUCGAUUCUCCACCACAGUUGGAAGUUAUGGAAGUAUUGUCCCGACUCCACCACUGCAUCCCGCUGCGUCCGAUGUAGCCUCCUUAGAGCUGCCAGACCCCGCGCUCGACCCCAGAGAAUACGACCAGUUGUCGCCGAGUGAUAUCAAUACUCGAUCCAUGCUCAGGUCACCGUCACCGGCCAUGUCACGACAUGCUAGUACAAGGACCAUGCCCAUAGAUGCCUCCAAUAUGAGCCCGUCCGCGAAGCAUUCUACCGCUGGCAGGGGCCAUAGAAGGAAUACGGUGUCCAGUUUGUCGGCUAAGAGAACCUCCCAGCUUUUGAAACGAGUCUUCUCUUCGGAUUUGGAGAAUGCUGAGAAGCAGGCUCAGGCGGACCAACAACAGUCGGAAGUGGAGCGGCGACAAGACGAGUUCUUCUUUUUCCUGGACGCGGAAUUUGCCAAGAUCGAGACGUUCUAUCAAAUGAAGGAAGAGGAGGCCAGCCAGCGCCUGAAUGUGCUGCGGCAGCAGCUUCACAUCAUGCGGGACCAGCGGAUCCAGGAGGUUCUGGGCACCAGAAAAUCUCGUGAAGCGGACGGUGAAACGCGCCACUCCAAUGGAUUCGGAGGACUCAACGGCUCCCUCUUAAAGGAGCUUUUUGCUGGACGACGAAUUGGGAAGAACUCGAAAGCACUGGCGGAAAUGGCUACUCCAGGACCUUGUGCACAGGAGCAUGAUCCUACCGUUACCCGCAGGGACUUUACUCGUCGACCGGAUGAUCUAGCGAGUGCAGUUGUUCCUUACCGUGUUGCAAAGAAGAAGCUGAAGUAUGCGCUUCAAGAGUUCUAUCGUGGCCUGGAGUUAUUGAAGGCCUAUGCCUAUCUUAAUAGAACUGCAUUCCGGAAGAUUAAUAAAAAGUACGACAAGGUUGUCAAUGCCCGCCCGACUAUGCGAUACAUGUCAGAGCAUGUCAACAAAGCUUGGUUCGUCCAGAGUGAAGUGAUCGAGAAUCUUAUGGCUGCAACCGAGGACCUAUAUGCCCGCUACUUUGAGCGCGGAAAUCGCAAGAUUGCCGCGUCAAAGCUUCGCCACACGGCCACGAAAUCAGGGGACUACUCCCCGAACACCUUCCGCUCUGGAAUCCUCUUGAUGGCCGGUGUUCUAUUCGGCGUCCAGGCUUUAGUAUACGCUGCUCAAAAUCUCCGUGACUCAGACCCUGUUAUCCGGGUCCAAACUAGCUACUUGCUUCAGGUCAGUUGGACGCUUUCAGAACGAAAUUCAUCUACGAUCCUGGGCUAA